GCGCGGACGGUGAGUGACCGGGGCCUGGCGGAGGUCGAGACCCCUCACGCCCCUCACGGACGGCCCCGAGUCGUCUGGGGUCCCCGGCCGAGCUUCACCCCAAGCUGAGGAACCCGCGGGGACCCCGACCCAGACAGCGCCCGGGGACUGCGACGGUUUCGGUUUCAUUUAGGGAGAACCCGGGGCGGGCGGGGCGGGGACAGGCUCUCACACCUACCAGACCAUGUACGGCUGCGACCUGGGGACCCACCGGCGCCUCCUCCGCGGGUACGUGCAGUUCGCCUACGACGCCGGGGACUACAUCGCCCUGAACGACGACCUGCGCUCCUGGACCGCGGCCGACACGGCGGCUCAGAUCACCAAGAGGAAGUGGGAGGAGGGCGGUGAGGCGGAGCGCUACAGGGCCUACCUGGAGGGUCGCUGUGUGGAGUCCCUCACCAGAUACCUGGAGAACGGGAAGGAGACGCUGCUGCGCACAGACCCCCCAAAGACGCAUGUGACUCACCACCCUAGGCCUGAAGGGGAUGUCACUCUGAGAUGCUGGGCCCUGGGCUUCUACCCUAAGGAGAUCACCCUAACUUGGCAACGAGAUGAGGACGACCAGACCCAGGACAUGGAACUUGUGGAGACCAGGCCUACAGGGGAUGGAAACUUCCAGAAAUGGGCAGCUGUGGUGGUGCCUGCUGGAGAGGAGCAGAGAUACACCUGCCAUGUGCAUCAUAAGGGGCUGCCUGAGCCCCUCACCCUGAGAUGGGAGCCACCCCCUCAGGCCACCAGCCCCAUGGUGGGAAUUGUUGCUGCAGUAGUUCUCCUUGGAGCUGUUGUCAUUGGAGCUGUGAUCUAUUUUGUCAUGUGCAAGAAGAAAAACACAGGUAGGGAAAGUGCAGGGUCUGAAUUUUUGACCCACUGAUGGUUUCAAGUACCUGGUAGAAGUGUGCCCUGCCCUGUUAAUGGGAAGUAAAAUCUACAU